CGGGGCAACUGCGCCGCUGCCACUCCGUUUAUGAGGCAGUGCCAGAGCCAAAGUCACAGUCCGAGUCAGAGUCCGAGUGGAAGUCGAAGCACCACCAGCAUCAUCAGAGCAGCCAACCACAAAAGGCGGCCACAAACCAGAAACAGGAAUUGAUGCGGCUCUGGCAUACCCAUCAAUAAGCAAAUCACAAAGGGUCUAUACCAAAACGUAACCCUCAGAAAGAGUUAAUAGAGAAAGUCCAUUGAUUAUGUUUCCAAGGAAUAUUUAGAACUUCAUGAAGAAACUUAAAUCAAAUCAAUUAUCCAAGUUAACUCCUCAUUAUUCAAUUCAGCUGUUGAAUACAAAAUGUUGUUGUUUUUCCAAAUUUCAAAUAAUGUAAAUAUCAAAUAUUUUCGCGAUCUUGAAUUUUCAAUGGCAACCAGUUUAAGUGCAUUUUCUAGAGGGUAUUUCCUAGUCGAACAUUCUUGUGGCAUACCCGGCUUUUAGUAUUUGCUUUGAGGCGAAAGUGUGCGCUCUGGGAUGUGGUUAUUCGGGCCAGAUAUGAUAAGGGUCAUGUAACUCUGCCCAGCCGGCUGAGGUGUGUGGCAGUUGGGCUGUGCCCCGAAAUGCUUGAACUCCAUUUGUUGCAUUGGAUCAACGAUCACCAUUGACGGUGGAGUCCUCCUGCCCCAAACGCAAAAAAUGCGAUAUGGAUCGAGAGCGCGAAAGAGAUGCAAAGGGCCUCGAGCCGCGCGAUUUAUCCUCCACGGGCCGCAUCUAUGCCCGCAGCGAUAUUAAAAUCAGCGCUUCGCCCACCGUUUCGCCAACGAUCUCAAAUUCCUCAUCGCCCACACCGACGCCGCCCGCCAGCUCCUCCGUGACGCCGCUGGGCCUGCCCGGCGCGGCGGCCGCUGCCGCUGUGGCCGCUGCCGCAGCAGCUGCUGCGGGCGCCGGACCUGGUGGUGGCGGCGCCUCGGCCGGGGCCAGUUCCUAUUUGCACAACCACAAGCCCAUCUCGGGCAUACCCUGUGUGGCGGCCGCGUCCCGGUAUACGGCGCCGGUGCACAUCGAUGUCGGCGGCACAAUCUACACGAGCUCUCUGGAGACGCUUACCAAAUAUCCCGAAUCGAAGCUGGCCAAGCUCUUCAAUGGACAGAUACCCAUUGUGCUUGACUCGCUGAAGCAGCAUUAUUUCAUCGAUCGGGAUGGUGGCAUGUUUCGCCAUAUACUUAACUUUAUGAGAAACUCAAGACUAUUGAUUGCCGACGAUUUUCCCGACCUCGAGCUCUUGCUCGAGGAGGCACGCUACUACGAAGUGGAGCCCAUGGUUAAGCAGCUGGAGAGUAUGCGCAAGGAGCGCGUUCGCAAUGGCAACUAUUUGGUGGCGCCACCCACACCGCCAGCACGUCACAUUAAGACCAGCCCAAGGACUAGCGGUGCGCCCGAGUGCAAUUAUGAGGUGGUCGCGCUUCACAUCUCACCGGAUCUGGGUGAACGCAUUAUGCUGUCGGCGGAACGGGCGCUGCUCGACGAGCUCUUCCCGGAGGCCAAUCAGGCAACACAGUCGAGUCGGAGCGGCGUCUCCUGGAACCAGGGCGAUUGGCGCCAAAUCAUCCGCUUCCCACUCAACGGCUAUUGCAAACUGAACUCCGUUCAGGUGCUCACACGGCUGCUGAACGCCGGCUUCACCAUUGAGGCCAGCACCGGGGGCGGCGUCGAGGGGCAACAGUUCUCCGAAUAUUUGUUGGUGCGUCGCGUUCCAAUGUGAUAGGCUCCAUGUCCAGGUCAACGUCUGCGUCAACGUUCUGGGCACUGUGUAAUCGUAAUCUU